ACGAGAGCCGACUCGUUCGGCUCAAAGCGGUUCAUUUCCAUUUUGUUUACACCUAGAUAUUUUUUUUGACCAAUGGUCAUUCUUCCUUGCAAGAUUUUUCCUGUAUUCUUACUUGAAGAGAUGUUUCCGCGGUAGCCAUUAGAUCAAAAUACAUUGCCAGAGUAACAGCAUUGUCCAUAUCCAAAAAAAAAAAACCCGGUGCCUCAUGUAUGUGAGUCGGCUAAAAGAAACGAUUCAAAGUACCGACACUUUCCCAAACGACACCUCGUUAGUUGUCACUAUCGAAGCACGAUUUUGGACCGGGUGGUGACACAACAUUGACAGGUUUGAAUCCAGUUGUGUCAACCAUCAGCCAUGGCCUUCAGUAAAGGAUAUCGCGUUUAUCACAAGCUGGACCCACCACCUUACAGCGUGAUUGUAGAAACUAGAAGUCGUGAAGAAUGCUUGAUGUUCGAGUCUGGAGCUGUGGCCGUUCUGUCGGCUGCAGAGAAGGAAGCUGUCAAAAACACAUACACCAAGAUGCUGGAUGCGUAUGGCAUUCUUGGGGUUCUUCGUCUUAACCUGGGAGACUCCAUGCUGCACAGCCUGGUGUUAGUGACUGGAUGCAGUUCAGUAGGGAAAGUGCAGGAUUCUGAAGUGUUCAGGGUCACAGCCACAGACUUCAUCUCCCUGAAGAACGAUCCUUCGGAUGAGGACAGGAUUGCAGAGGUGCGAAAGGUUCUAAACUCUGGCAACUUUUAUUUUGCCUGGUCGUCCACUGGAGUGAGUAUGGACCUGAGUCUGAAUGCACACCGCAGGAUCCGAGAAGACACUUCAGACAAUCGCUUCUUCUGGAAUCAAUCCCUUCAUCUGCAUCUGAAGCAUUAUGGUGUGAACUGUGAUGACUGGCUGUUGAGGCUGAUGUGUGGUGGAGUGGAGAUCCGCACCAUCUACGCUGGUCAUAAGCAGGCCAAAGCCUGUGUUAUCUCUCGCCUCAGCUCUGAGAGGGCAGGUACACGCUUCAAUGUGCGCGGCACCAAUGAUGAUGGCCAGGUGGCCAACUUUGUGGAGACCGAGCAGGUGAUUUUCCUUGACGACACAGUCUCUUCUUUCAUUCAAAUCCGUGGAUCUGUACCCUUGUUCUGGGAGCAGCCAGGCAUACAGGUUGGUUCCCACCGAGUCAAGCUGUCCCGUGGAUUUGAGGCCAACGCCCCAGCUUUUGAAAGGCAUUUCACAGCACUGAGGCGGCUCUAUGGUAAGCAGUUGAUCAUUAACCUGCUGGGGAUGAAGGAGGGGGAGCACAUGCUCAGCAAAGCAUUCCAGAGUCACCUGAAAGCAUCAGAGCAUGCAAACGCUGUGAAGAUGGUCAAUUUUGACUACCACCAAAUGGUGAAGGGAGGAAAGACAGAGAAACUCUUGUCUGUGCUGAAACCACAGAUCAGCAAGUUCCUGGAUGAAUGUGGCUUCUUCUGUUACUCUGCUGAAACUGGGAUUGAAAAAUGUCAGGCUGGAACUAUUCGAGUCAACUGUUUGGACUGUCUGGACAGGACCAAUAGUGUCCAAGCCUUCUUUUCUCUUGAGAUGUUGCCCAACCAGCUGGAGGCCAUGGGUCUUACAGAGAAGCCCCAGCUGGUGGCACGCUUUCAGGAGGUCUUCCGCACCAUGUGGUCAGUCAAUGGAGACUCAAUCAGCAAGAUCUAUGCUGGCACAGGUGCUCUAGAUGGCAAGGCUAAGGGUGGAAAGCUAAAAGACGGCGCCCGCUCAGUCACUAGGACCAUCCAGAACAACUUUUUUGACAGUUCAAAGCAAGAAGCUAUCGAUAUUCUGAGGCUGGGCAGCACCCUUAACAGUGACCUGGCUGAUAAAGCUAGAGCUCUCCUCACCACCAGCAGCCUGUAUGUCUCUGAGCCCAUUUUACAAUCAGCAUCUCCCAGAGUGCUGCUGGGAAUGUGUCAGAACCACAACAAAUACACACGGCCUAAAAAGAUCCGUGUGUGUGUCGGGACAUGGAACGUCAAUGGGGGCAAGCAGUUCCGUAGCAUCGCGUUUCGGAAUCAGACCCUCAAUGACUGGCUGCUAGACGCACCAAAAAAAGCAGGUCACCCUGAAUUUCAAGACAGUAGAUCCCAGCCUGCAGACAUCUUUGCCAUUGGCUUUGAGGAAAUGGUGGAGCUGAAUGCUGGCAACAUAGUCAGUGCAAGCACCACCAAUCAGAAGCUGUGGGCAGCAGAGCUGCAGAAGAACAUCUCACGGGAUCAUAAAUAUGUGCUGCUGGCCUCAGAGCAGCUGGUGGGAGUCUGUCUCUUUAUCUUCAUUCGGCCCCAGCAUGCUGCUUUCAUCAGAGAUGUUGCUGUAGACACUGUCAAGACCGGGAUGGGUGGCGCCACAGGGAACAAAGGGGGUGUGGCUAUCCGCAUGCUCUUCCACACCACCAGUAUCUGCUUUGUGUGCUCACAUUUCGCUGCCGGCCAAUCACAGGUCAAGGAGCGAAAUGACGACUACAGUGAGAUCACUCGCAGGCUGUCGUUCCCUAUGGGUCGACUGCUCUACUCCCAUGAUUACGUGUUCUGGUGUGGGGACUUUAACUAUCGCAUCAGCUUGCCAAAUGAGGAGGUAAAAGAUCUGAUCAGGCAGCAGAACUGGGAUGCUCUCAUCGCUGGGGACCAGCUUGUGGAACAGAAGAAUGCAGGCAAUGUUUUCAAGGGCUUUAUUGAAGGAAAGUUGGAUUUUGCUCCUACGUACAAAUAUGACCUCUUUUCUGAUGACUAUGACACGAGUGAGAAAUGCCGCACACCUGCAUGGACAGACCGCGUGCUCUGGAAGAGGAGAAAGUGGGACUUUCAGAGAAUUGCUGACGAGUUGGGGCUGAAUGUAGUAGGAGCUCCUUUGGAAGAGGAAGAGCAGCUCCAGUGGAGCCCUGGUGAACUGAAGUACUAUAGCAGAGCUGAGCUCAAGACCUCAGACCACAGGCCGGUGGUGGCCCUCAUCGAUGUGGAUAUUCUUGAAGUGGACCCAGAAGCACGGCAUCAGGUGUACAAAGAUGUGAUUGCCCUGCAGGGUCCACCUGAUGGCACUAUCCUAGUCUCUCUUUGCACUUCAGGGCCUGAUGAUUACUUCGAUGAUGCUCUAAUAGACGAGCUGCUGGACAAGUUUGCAAACUGCGGCGAGGUCAUUCUGAUCAGGUUUGUGGAUGAAAAGAUGUGGGUGACGUUUUUGGAAGGGUACUCUGCCCUGGCUGCACUUUCACUGAGUGCCUCCACUGUGAUGGGGAAAACUAUAGACAUCCAGCUGAAGAGUCCUGGCUGGAUCAAGAGUCUGGAGGAGGAGAUGAGUGUGGAGAGGAUCUGUGGCAGCAUCCCCACUUCUGCCAGCUCCACGCUGCUCGCUGAGGACAACGAAAUGGGAGACGAGUUUGACAUGGAGGGCGACGUGGAUGAGGAGGUGGAGAAUAUUCUUCCCCAGCACCUGCAGCCUGGGGCUGGUAUGGAUGUUGGUAUUUCCCCAUUACCCUCGCCCCGCUCAAGCCCAUGCCCCUCACCGACUCAUGGAGAACCCGCACCCCCCUGCAGGCCGAGCAGAGCUCCACCACGCACAGCCGGACCCCCACAAGUUAUUCCAAUGGAAAGUCAGAUGCUCGGAGCUUCUGCAUCACAAGGACUGGAACCAAAACGCCCUCCUCCCCCACGACCCAAUGCUCCCCCUGCCAGACCUGCACCUCCACAGAGACCCCCACCUCCCUCAGGCUUUGCAGAGCCUCCAAAUCUACUUGAUUUGAGUGAUAAUGAAGGACAAAAAAGCCCUGCUUUACCCAGAGCAGAUGUUGCUGGUCGAGGCCAGUCUACAGGAGCUCCAGGCAGUUCAAGGCCGAACAUCCCUCCAAGGGCAGGUGUUAUCAGUGUGCCACCACAAUCCAGACCACCACCUCCUGCCCACCCCGGAGCUCCCAGGCCCAUAGCUGAGGUUCACCCGGGAGCCCCGAGACCCACCCCAGAUAACCACCCUGGAGCCCCGAGACCUGUCCCAAGUGCACAGAACAAACCAGCAGAGCUCCCUCUGGGACCUCCUCCCUCAUUGCCUGGCCCCAUGAGGCCUCAGAUGGUCUCUCCAGGGCAGCCUCCCGCCACCUCCCCCAUUCGGCCACCAGUACAGUCCCAGCUUCCUCAACCCAUGAUACCUACACUGCCCCCACCCAUGGUACCUACGCUUCCCCCACCUAUGGUGCCAACGGCAGCAGCACCUCUACAGUCUCAGCCAGCUGCUACAAGCACCGGGGCAGCCAUGCCACCUCAGCCUGGCCUGGCAUCACCCAAACCACCACCCCGUAGCCGCUCUUCUCAUGCCCUGCCACCAGAGGCUGCUCCUGCUCCUGCUUCUGAGUCUCAGACGAAUGGAACGAAUGGAAUCCAAAGAGAAGCACAAAUGAAAACGAGCCCCUUUGACCCGCUCGCCUCCGAUCUGUUCUCCUCCACUUCCUGGUUAAACAACCAAUCCCAGUCAAGGAGUUCUUCACUUCACAGCUCCUUCCACUCAUCCACCAGUUCACGGUCUCUAAAUUCCACUCCAGUUCCUCUGUUUCCCCAGUCUAACCCAAUGCUGACCCCUGACCCCAUGCAGGCUUUGCUGGCUCCACCCCCUCCUUCUCGCAGCCGUUCACAGGAAACCCUCCCGGUCUCCUCGAACCCCUUUAUGCCUGAUGUCCAGUCAAGACCCAACAGCGCCAACCCAUUUACUGGCACCAUGACAUCACCACAGCGUCGUUCACUCACACCUGACUUUGACAAGCCGGGCCUCCACAGUGCCGCAUCUGCCCUCGGCCAUAGCUCAACUCUGCCAUCCUCCUUUUCCAGACCAGCUCCACCAGGUUUGACUCCACUGCCACCCAAAGUCCAGCAAUGGGUGACCUUUGAUGAUGAUUUAGACUUUCAUAAGUCAGGAAAAGCUUCAGCAUCAGCUGCAAUGAUGAAACCUCCACUGCUUACUUUGUCCGCUAGUACUACAUUCCAGCAGCCCCAAAACAGCUUCUCCACCUCUGGGUUUGACUCUAACAGUAACUGGGCUUCCCUUACCACACCCGCAUUGCCGACACUGCCCCCUCCUGUACCAGGCAGGACUAACCCUAACGCAAACCCAAGAAAUCCCUUAAUCCCUGAGUUCACAGAAAGAUAAUAUAUAUUGUAAUGUUCUACUGAAAUUGAGGUGUGUGUGUGUGUGUGUGUGUGUGCUGGGGGAUUAUAUAAAUUCCUUAUUUAUGUGUGUGGAUUUGUACACUAGUGUGCUGUUCAGGUCGUGUGUCUCUGCAACGGCUUAAUCAAUCACUCGACCCAGAGCAGGCCUAGAUUAAAUAUGAUCGUUCUGGAGCUUCUAUUUGAACACAUAUUCAGACAUACAUAUACACACACACAUACAACUGUGUGUGAAACUGUGCAAUAUCUUAUUUUUCUUCAGUCAGAUGCUUAUCAAAUACAAUUGCUUUUAUGGGUUUUUUUUUUUACCACUUUCUUGUGUCUGGUUGUGCAGCAUUUUUAAGUGAUUGCAAGCUGCAUAAAUGUGUCUCUUGAAUGCACAGUGUGUCAUUUAGGUUCUUGGUUAGAGAGAGUUAUUAGACCUUUUAAUAUGGCCUCUGGAAUUUUUGUUUAAAAAUAGCUUCAGCACAUAGUGACUCUGUAACCCCUUGCUAUCAUUUCUCCCUCAUUAUGAAUGUAAUUUCAGGCUGUUUUGGGUUUAAUGUCUUGUAUUAUUUCUCCAAAGUGAUGCAUUUCUGUCAUUACUGUGUAACACUGAUCAUUUCUGUAAUUACACAGGCCCAGUUUUAUUUCCUCUCUAGACCAACAAACUGAAGUAUAGAAAUUGUGGAUAUAUGUAUUGCAUAGCCUUCGAUGUGGUUUAAAAAUGUACAAUAGUCUUAAAUUUGUAUAUAUAUAUAUAUAUAUAUAUAUAUAUAUAUAUAUAUACACACAAUAGUCUUAAAUUUGUAUGUAUAUAUAUAUAUAUAUAUAUAUGCUUGUAAUAUGUACCUGCCAUACUGGUAUUGCACUGAAAUGCUCUUAUCCUUUAGGUCUUCAGAUGUACUUUGAAGCCAGAGUUUUGAGUUUUCAGGUUCGAGAAAGCAGAAGCAUAUCUGUUUCCUGGCAUGAGUGCAGCGUCCCUUGCCGCUCUCACUUCGGUUUCACAUAAUCCAAAGCGUUCAACAGAACUGCUGUGCAUAUAAUGAAUGUGCUUAUUUUAGUGAGUUCUGGUGUUGGUCUUUGAUGCCAAGAUGUACGCCCUUGACCAUCCCAGAAAGCUUAUGUGUACUUAAUCUUACAUUUGUUUUCAGUUUACAGUGAGUUGGUACUUCACAUUCAGUUUCAGUGGGAAUGUGGUUCUUUCUGUUCUUUGUUUUAGGAAAUAAUAUACCUUGUCUUGGCUAGCAGUUUGACUUUGUGUGAAUCCACUCAUAACAAAUCAAACAGGGCCUUUAAGCAUGUUAAAACACGCACAGUAGGAAAAUAUAUCAAUUACAUGUUCCAUACAGAUAUAGAAUUUACCUUACUGAUACCCAGUGUUGUCGGAUACCUUCACUGUGCAGAUCGUGUCAUCACCAGUUUGGAAGUCAUAUUAGUUUCUGUGCAUUCCAUACUGUAUUGUUUUGAUCUGGUGAUUUUUUGCUGUUGAUAGUUUCUUGGCAUUUUGGGAUGAAUAUCUUUUCCUUGUGCAGUGUUUUGUUACACCACAUCCAUUCUUUUGUUCCAAGUGUUGGUGUUGGUACUGCUCUAUUUGCAGUAUUCAUAUUUCAGUCGUUCUUUUGUUACACUGCUGCAUAACUAAAUCCUUGUAAUUGUUAACGUGCUACAUUUUGAAUCAUCUUAAGAGGGCAUUCUGCGGAGAAAAGCCGGUGUCAAUCCGAUAGGAGACGAACAAGCCGCCUCAUAUUGACAGGUUCAGUUUUGUGUGAAAUGUCAUGACAUGUCAUUUCCUUUCAGGAUGAUCCUGUAUUCAUGUUGUCCAUUGCAUAUAGAGGGCUUUCUUAUUGACCAGACAUAAAGUCAUGCAGGUACAGCGGGUAGGCUACAGAAACUGUACCUUUAAAGCAGAUGUUGUUUGCACACUCUACUCUCUUUAAAACACUUUUUUUAAAGAACGUAGCCAUUGCAAAACUUGAAUAUUAUCAUUGAGGCAACCUUUAAAAAAAAAAAAAAAGGAGAUGCCUGUUAUUGCGUCAGUUCUAAAUUGAAUCCCCUCUAGAAUAUGACUGAAUGGAAAUUAUUUUUAUUUCAACUGUUGGAAAUAUUGUAACCACUGGAAAAAUGAUAGCAUUACAUGUACUGUUCAGUUGUAUUCCAGCUAAUAUUCAAAUCAAAUGAAAUCAAGUCAUGCAAAUAUGUAACUAUUAACUCGUUUUGUGAUGGUGACGUUUAAGAAAAUUUAGCUCUGUAGUAGAGAUCCUUGUGUUGUUAACCGUAACUAUACAGUGAGUAUGCACACAAACCAUGACCGCAGUUUAGUAAUUUGUAUUCAACCUGUGAUUUUAAGUUCAUAUCAAAUUGCACAGAUCUAUGGAGUAAUUGAUGUUGUACGUAUGCAAUAAUAAAUGUAAAUGUAUUAAUGUAAA